AUACGUAAAUAGACGGAUGUUGUUCUUGUUUCUGCUGCUUGUUAUUUUCUCAUGCAAGCAAGCAACACAGAAAAAGAAGCGAAGCUAUUAAUAAGAAUAUUCUGAAAUAAUAUAAUGCUACAAGAAGGCGGUCGUCGAAUCUGCGCUGCUGUGCAAUAAUACGUCAAAUAAUGGGAACGACACCAGGCAGCAGCACCAGUCUAUAAGGAAAAAUUAAAAGCCAAAAAAAAAAAACGUAAAAGGGACAGAGAAAAAAAACAGUACGCAGCAAAAUUGAAAUAAAAGCGAAAUUCCGAUUUCGAAUCAAGUGCGUGGUUGUUGUGCGCUGUGCUGCUUACAUAUUGAAUUAAAAAAUCGUCGCAAUCAGUUUCACGUUCAGUUGUGACACAAACACACUCACACCAAUAUCACAUAGAACAUUUAGUAGUGAGAGUGAGAAAAAUCCUUUUGCCCCUUUUCAAUGGAUGACGAAUUGGAAGACAAAAUCUUCUAUCAAACAUACGUAUCGCAUAUGAAAAUCCUGUCCAAGUUUGCAGUGGGCUUCUCGUCCAUCAACUCACCGUUGGCCUAUUUAUGGAAACUAUGCCGCGUCUACGUGCUACGGCCCGAGGUCAUAUUCUGCGGCAUCAUUCUGUUUGUCUUGUUGAUCUAUUUGCAAGCGGUCGAUGUAUGGAGUCGCAGCAUCUUGGGACGCAUCCAAGCGACGCUCGGACGUCAAAAGUCGGCGUCAUCGCGUGUACUAGAAAUGGCGGGCGGCGCCGGGGAUCAUCAAAGCUGGGAAGAGGUGCGUCAGCAGAGCGCCGCCUUCGCUGUGUUGGGACGUAGACCGCAUAUGGAAGACAGGUUCAUCAUUGAGGAGAACAUCAACAACAACACGGCGAUUUCGUUCUUUGCUGUCUUCGAUGGUCAUGGCGGUGAAUUUGCCGCGGACUUUGCACGCGAUGUGCUGGUCAAGAACAUCUACAACAAGAUUAUUGAGGUGCACAAGUUACUCAAGAGCGAUGGCAAAGACGACUUCGCAGGCUACGACAAGAGUCCCUAUCUGGCGCGCAAGCAAAGCCGCAAGGAUGCCACCAGCAACAAGGAGAAUGAACCCGUGGCACGGAAAGAUAGUUUGCGUAAGGCGCACAGCACAACUGUCGAGUGCAAACCGGCGAAGACAACAGAGGCUUCAAUUGCGGACUUUUAUACAGCGCAGCUCAACAGCGCAAUGCGUGCCGCAAAUGGUGGCAAUGCGGCCAAAGAAACGUUUCUUAAUAACAACAAUAAUGCACAAAGUGCGGGCAAUGCGCCGCCUCCCAGUUACGAAGCUAAAUGCUACAUUGAACACGGUCGCAUUAAUUUUGGCAAGCUAAUCACAGACGAAAUACUCGCAGCGGAUCACAAACUAGUGGAGCAAGCGAAGCAGGCAACCAACAUUGCGGGCACCACCGCCUUGAUGGCCAUUGUGCAGGGCAGCAAGUUGAUUGUGGCCAAUGUGGGCGAUUCGCGUGGCGUCAUGUUUGAUGCACGUGGCAUUGCCAUCCCCUUGUCCUUUGACCACAAGCCGCAGCAGGUGCGUGAACGGAAGCGUAUUCACGACGCUGGCGGCUUUAUUGCGUUUCGUGGUGUUUGGCGCGUGGCUGGCGUCUUGGCCACGUCACGAGCACUCGGCGAUUAUCCGCUGAAAGAUAAGAAUCUUGUCAUCGCCACACCAGACAUUUUGACCUUCGAGCUAAAUGAUCACAAGCCCCGUUUUCUGAUACUCGCAUCGGAUGGUCUUUGGGAUACGUUUAGCAAUGAGGAGGCCUGCAGCUUUGUUCAGGAGCAUCUAAAGGAGCCGGACUUCGGUGCCAAGUCUUUGGCCAUGGAAUCGUAUAAGCGCGGCUCCGUCGACAACAUCACAGUGCUGAUAAUUGCCUUUAAGAACGAUGUGUAUCGCAUUGGUGGCAGCAAGUCGUCUGCUGAUACAACUGCUGCAGCUCCAGCUUCAGUGGCCAAGGCGCCAGCGGCGGCUGCGUCUGUUGUGCAGCGAUCAAACUCAAUCAAAACAAAGUGACAGGUGUUAUGGUGGUCCAAAAGGUGUUCGCGAUUUUGAAUAGCAACAAAAAAUGAAAAGAAAACGAAAAAAAACCUCUCUAGACAAAAACAUUAAAAAAUAAUGAAGAGAAGAGAAAAAGUGCCCAAGAAUUGCUUUUUUGAAAUGACAAAUUUGCUGCUUGGUUUCGAAUUAGGAUUUGUUUAUUUAUAGCAAUUGUUUGUUUUUGUACAAAUUUGUUUAGCAUUAUCACAUUUUACCCCCUCACACAAACACUCACACACAUAUAAACACGCAUACACUUCCUAUACAACAACAAACAACAAAAACAUUCAUUCAUCAAGUUCAUAAAUAUUUAUUUAAAUUAUUUUUGUUAUGCACUUAUAUACUAUUUGUAAAAGAAAUAUAUUUCUUUUUCUAACUUAUGAAACGCGUUUACAAAUAAAAACAAAAACUACUCGAAAAACGAAAGUAUGGAAUUUGUUUAUACAAUUGGAUCCCAUUAAAGGUAAAUAUUUAAAUUUCUACAGCAAAUAUCGGAUACCACAGAAUCAUGAUAAUUAAUCGUUGAAUAAACAACAAUCAAUGUACAAAGAGCUGCCAAUUAAAAGUGGAAUAUAUCCGAUAUUUAGCGUGCUAAAAGAAAACUAUUAGAUAAUUUAUAGAAUCGUCGCUUUAUUUACGUUUUGUGGCAUAAUCAAAUCCGAUAUUGCGACACGGAUUUGAACUAUACAUGCGAUGUCAAAAACUAAAUACAAAAUUUGCAGCGUCGUCCGUUUAGUGAGCUGAUACAGACACUUGCCAGACACGGAUGGUGUUGUCAGAGUAGCCAGCGAACAGAGUCUGGCCAUCGGUGGACCAGGCCAACGACAGGCACUGGGGCUGCUCGGCCUUGGAUGUGGGCGACACAACCUCAGGGCGCAGCUCCUCGACGGUCUUCUUGCAUGCCAGAUCCCAGAUCUUGAUCGAUGGACCGUAGGCAACGCACAACCAGUAUCGGUUGGGCGAGAAGCACAGGGCAUUGAUAAUGUCGUUGUGCUCCAGAGUGUACAGGUUCUUGCCGUCAUUCAGAUCCCACAGCAGAGCCUUGGAGUCCUUGCCACCGGAGGUGCAGAGAGAACCA